AUGUCUUCCGCUACUGGCACGGAUUCGGCCACCCGGGGUCUGAAAGUGCUUAUUGUUGGAGCGGGCAUUGGAGGUUUGGCUGCGGCGAUUGGUCUUCGCCAAGAGGGACAUGAACUGUACGAGCGUUCUCAGUUUGCCAACGAAGUGGGUGCCGCGAUUCACCUGACCCCGAAUGCCAAUGGUGCACUGAAACGUAUUGGUAUUGAUGUUGCACAUUACGGAGCAGUCGAGGCGGAGCAGAUUCGUAACUUCACCGCUGAGGGCAAGCUCAACUUCACUGAGCACGUUUCUGAAACCUGCAACAUUUGGAAACACAAAUGGGUUCUCAUGCACCGUGCGCAUCUCCACAGGGUCCUGAAGGAAAAGGCGCGGGGUUCAGGGAAAGGGAAGCCUGUGGCACUUCAUACCUCAAGCAAGGUGUCACAUGUAGAUCCCCACACUGCGACUGUCACGCUCGCUGACGGACGGACUCUCCAUGGCGAUGUUGUUCUAGGUGCGGACGGUGUACAUUCCGUGACACGCCGUCACGUCUCCGGGGAUGAGGUUCAAACGUUCACAACAGGCAAAAAUGCAUUCCGGUUCAUGGUGCCUAAAGCAGAGUUUCUGGAGGAUAUGGAGUUAGCCGACCUGGUACGUGAAAACGGGGUUGUUGGUGUAUGGCACAAUGACAACACCAAGGUCGUAAUCUACCCCUGUGUCAACAAUGAGGUGUUGAACUUUGUCUGCAUCCACCCUGACACUCUCACUCAUGAGAUCUCUCAUAGCCGGGAUCAAUCCAUUGGUAAAACUGCCCUGCUUGAUAUUUACAAGAAUUAUGAUCACCGGGUCCACAAGAUGUUAAAGAAAGCAGAUUCGGAGACUUUGAGCAUCUGGUCACUUCUUGACAUGCCAAGCCUGUCUACAUGGGUUAAUGAUCGCCUAGCGGUGAUGGGGGACGCUGCUCACCCUUUCCUCCCCUUCGCCGCAUCCGGGGGCGCUAUGGCCAUUGAAGAUGGUCUUUCUCUGGCCGUCAUGCUUACUGGCGAUAUGAAAAGAGAGGAGGUUCCUGCACGCUUAAAAUUAUAUGAGAAGGCCCGCCGGGAUCGCGCAAUGAAGAUUCAAGCUUUCGCUCGGGAGUCAGGAAAAAAACCUUUGCCUGAAGAAGAGGUCUUAUCCAUGAGGUCCUAUAUCUUCGGUCAUGACGAGUGGGAAUAUUCCAGCCAACUGCUACGAGAACAUCGCCAAUCCUCUACACCUCAUUUAUGA